AUGAUGGGCGCACCCGCCACAUCCGUGUCCCCUCCCUCCGCAUCGCAUGUCUCUGUUAAACGACUACCCUUCUGGCCGCGGAAUUUGGAGCUUUGGAUUGCACGUUGCGAGGCUGAAUUCGAAGCCUGCAACAUUACUCGCCAGGAGACCAUGUUCAACCAUCUGCAGCGCAGUUUCCCUGACGGAUAUGCCGAAGACCUUUGCGACCUCAUCAUUCAGCGUCCUUCGGAGCAGCCCUACGAUAAACUGAAAGAGGCCCUAGUAAAGCGCGUGGCCAUGACAGAGGAGCGCCGACUACGACAACUCCUCAUUGGUGAAGAGCUUGGCGACCGAAAACCUUCUCAACUACUCCGGCGGAUGCAGCAACUUGUUGGCGAGCGCAAAUUCUAG